AGAAUUCAAACCGGAUUUUGCGUCAUGCACGAAGUCCCUUGAAGACCUCGAAAAUGGCCGUCAAAGCAAAGGGAUUUUAAUCUGCUGUCGAAUUAACGUUGCUUCUUUGACACGUCAUGCAACAUAUCACACAUAGUGGGUUUCUUUUAGAGCAGCUGAAGAGGCAGCAAGAGAGAAGCUUUCUGUGUGACUGCACAGUGGCGAUAGGACAGGAUCGGUUCCAGGCCCACCACAAUGUUCUGGCCGCUUUUAGCGAAUAUUUCUCUAAGCAGUGUAUUGACAUCGGAAGAGAGGAUACCACUAUAACUUUAGACCCAGAGUUAGUAAAUGGUGCUGUGUUUGAAAAACUAUUGACAUAUAUAUACACAGGGGACUUAAAUAUGGACAGGGAAGAAAUUGAAAAUUUUCAGAAAGCUGCAUCUUACCUUGGAAUGCCAAAGAUUGUGGCCUACUGUUCCUUAAGCCAAGAUGAUACCAAAAGUGGUGCUUCACCUGUGAGAAAAACAGAGUAUUUAGAUCCACGAUCCCCGCUGAGCCCAGAUGACUAUGAACCUCUAGAGCCGAUCUCGGAGGUGGAGGAAUGUGAGCGGAUAAGGGAGGAAAUGUCUAAAGAAGAUGGGUCUCAGAUUGAUCUUGCUUCAAUGGAUGAAGCCCAGUCAUCUGGUGAACAGACACCUCUCGGCAAGAGAGGGAGAAAACCCAAAGCCAGGCUCUAUGAGGAUGGCCUUGAAAGGGAGCAGAUUUGUGCUCGGGGAGGAAGAGGUACUGGUAGACCAAGAGGUCGCCCGAGGCUGAGGCCGUUGACUUCUGAUUCAACUGCCCAAUCGCCAGCUCCACAAACCCCAAGUCCAAGCAGCGUUGUAGGAAGAGGAACUGGAAGACCAAGAGGUCGCCCACGGAUUAGGCCAUUGUCCACUGACAGAGCUGAUUCUGCCAACACUGAAGAUAGUUUGGCAGCAACAACAAACGAUCAAGAAGGGGAGACACCCAUCCACAAAAGAGGGUGCCCCCGAAUCAGACCCCUGUCAUCUGAAACACCUGAGACCACUGGAGCAGGAGAUGACAAAGCAGAUGAAGACCAAGGAGACAACCAAGAAACUCUUGAGGAAGAUGGCGAUAAAACAAAUGGUGGUAAGACCAAGACCGAUUCAAAGAAUCUAAAAGAAUUAGCAGUUGUCAAACAAGGGAGAGGUAGACCACGGAUUAAGGCGUUAUCCACAGAGAACCAACCAACAAACCUUGAGGCGGGAGCUACAAACAUUGAAGAAGGCUUAGAACCUGCUAAGACAAAAGAGAACCAAGGGACCCCACGUAAAAGAGGAAGACCUCGGUCCAAGCCACUUACUUCUGAGACAACUGAGUCUUCAAACCCAGGCGAUGGUGGAGAAGGAGUUGAUGACGGCAAAAGCCAAGGCUCUGAGAAACCUGCGGAUGAUUGUUCUGAGGAAGGUUCCUCUCAAGGUACAGAAGGCGCAGACGAUUCAGAGUCAGGUCCUGGCAAAAAGAUCCGUACCAGCACCAGAAAGAGGAGCUUGAGCAGAAAGCUCAAAGAAAGUCAAGCUAGCAAUGAGGAAGAAGAUGAAGAUGACGGUGAGGACUUUGGCAAUGACAGUGUGGACUGGGCUGCAGAAGAAGAGGUAAAACCCUUGCAGGAUAAACUCAGACCCAUUUGUAAUGUAUGCGGGAACCUCUUCUCAGAGUUGAGCAGCCUGCGCAGACACAUGCGUAUACAUAAGGGUAUCAAACCCUAUCAGUGCCAGCUCUGCACCCGCUCCUUCAGACAGGGCAACCAGUUAAAGACCCAUAUGCGCAUACACACUGGAGAGAAGCCCUUCGGCUGCACGUCUUGUGAGGCACGUUUUGUGCAGAAGUGUCAGCUGGUCUCUCAUUGCCGAAUGCAUCACGGAGAAGAAAAGCCGCACAAAUGUGACUUCUGUGAAGCGGCUUUUGCUACAUCUAGCAAUCUUAAAAUUCACAUAAGGAAACACAGUGGUGAGAAGCCCUAUGAAUGUGGAGAGUGUGGGAAGCGCUUCACACAGGCCAGCACUCUGAUGUACCAUAAGAGACGACACACAGGGGAGAAACCAUACAUCUGUGACACCUGUGGCAUGGCCUUCGCUGUGUCCAGCUCACUCAUCUCUCACAACAGAAAACACACAGGUGUGACUCCUUAUAUCUGCUUGGAUUGUGGUAAACCAUGCUUAAGCGCCAGUGAAUUAAGAAAACAUAUGGACAUCCACAAUGGAUCAAGAAAAGUAAAGUGCAACCUUUGUGGGAACACAUUUUCAGACAUUUAUUCCUUGAAGAAGCACAGUAUUUUCAAACAUAAUGUUCUUCCAGACCAAGAGCAGCAGACUCCUUCAAAAACCGACUCGGCGUCAUGUCCUCUCAAUAUCCCCAUUGACCACCAGGGCCUGAUUGCGCGUGUUCGCUCUGCCCUUGUCGAUUCCCCAGAGCACGAAAUUCAGAUGGAGCCACUUUUACCCCCAGAAGCCUCGCUCAUCAUCCAACAGUCUGCAGAGCCUCAUAUGAUUAUACAGCAUGCAGACGGCACAGAACCCUCCAUGAUUUUCCAGCACGCUGAUUCAUCAGAAGCACCGGUCAUCAUCCAGCAUGGAGAAUCCGGCGAGCAAGUCAGCUAUGUUGUGGAGCAGUAUGAAAUCCCAGCAACUGCUGAGAUGGAGCACACACAGAUUGUCAUUGUUCAGACCAUAGAUUAAAAUACCAAAUUUUACCUCUAUUUUAAAUGUAUUCUCUCCAUAUAAGAUUGUUAAAGGUAUAGUUCACCCAAAAAUGAAAAUUCUGUCAUUUACUCACCCUCAUGUUUUCCCAAACCUGUAUGAUGUUCUUUCAACUGUGGAACACAAAGGUUAUAGGAAGAAUGUCUUUCAUUGUAUGGGGGAAAAGAGCAGCAUCAACAUUCUUCAUAUUUUCUCCUCUUGUUCCACAGAAGAAAAGAAAAUCUUACAGAUUUGGAACAAUAUGAGGGUGAGUAAGUGACAACAGAAUUUACAUUUUUGGGUGAAUUUAUCCUUUAAUAGUGUAGAUCUCUUGAGAUGUCUCCUAGACGGCUAUCAUAGAGCAUUGGUAGGAUCAGUCACACCACUGUGAAAGCGACAGCUAAUUGUUAUAAACAUCCCUUCAGAUCAGUUUUAUUUAUUUUCUUUUUCAAAACUUUUGAAUGAAAAACAUCUUAGCAGAUAAUCAUUAAUACAGAACUAUUGUAACGAUUGUUAGUGUGUUUACCUUCAUUUUUUUUACAUAGUUGGUCAUAUUCAGAGCAGAAUCUGGAUAAUUAAAGGCAUCAAGUAUUGAAAUAAAGGGAAGGCCAAACUUAAGUUUAGCUGUGCUUCAAACAUGCAUUUUGGUUCAGUUGUUUAAAAAUAAUUUUACUUUUCUAUUUAAUUGUAAGGACAACAUGGUAAUAAUCUGAUAUUUUGAGCCAUGCGAUUUGCCUUUUAGAAGCUGAAAAUGUAAAUACCUAUAAUGUUAUAUGACCUGGUCUGAGAACAGUUUCUUAUACUUUGUGAAUGAAAUUAGGAAUUCUAACAAACCGGGUAACUUUUAUAAUAAAUCAUCUCACACCAGACUAUUCAUUGUCAUGCACAUUUCU